CACUAUCACCUCCACCCCACAAUUUCCACUCACCACCGGCAAGGAACAUCCAAAGAAUGCCCUUUAAGUUGCUUUCUUGCUUUAAAACCAGCUGCUCAAAAGUGGGUGAUUUUCCUCUCCUUUCAAAACUCUACCUACGCCUUUUUCUCUCUUCCUUUUUCCAUCUCUUGUGUUAUGGAUAAUACUCAGUGGCCACAGGGUAUUGGGGUUUCGUCGAAACCAGGUGAAAUCACCAGGCCAGCCAUAGAAAAAAAGCCAAGGCCUGAAAAGGAACAAGCAUUGAACUGUCCAAGAUGCAAUUCUACAAACACAAAGUUCUGCUAUUACAACAAUUACAGUCUUUCUCAGCCAAGAUACUUUUGCAAGACUUGUAGAAGGUAUUGGACGGAAGGGGGAUCUUUGAGAAAUGUUCCAGUGGGUGGCGGUACAAGAAAGAACAAGAGAUCUUCUUGUUCAUCAUCUGUUUCAUCAAAGAAAAUUCCAGAUCUGACCCCACAAAUUUUUUCUUCUGAAAACCCUAAGAUUCAUGAUGGCCAUGACCUGAAUUUAGCUUAUCCACCUACUAGUGGUCAUUAUAAUGGAAUAUCAGAAUUUGUAGCUUUACCUUUCGGUGAUCACAUGAAAACCCUAAAUCCUGCAAACCCUAAUUCCUCUUCAGCUGCCAAUUCAUCUCAUAUUCCAGUUAUGGAAUUUCUCAAGACAGGGAUCACCUCAAGAGGACUGACCAGUACUUUUAUGCCGAUGCCGGUUUCAAAUUCCAACACAAUGUAUUCAUCUGGAUUUUCUUUGAAUGAAUUCAAGCCAACUCUCAAUUUUACCCUAGAUGGACUUGAAAAUGGUUAUGAGAAUUUACAAGAUGUUCAAGAUCAUACAAACUCAUCAAGACUUCUUUUUCCAUUCGAGGAAUUGAAGCCGGUUGCACCACCUGAAUUCGAGCCAGAUAGAGGGCAAGGAGAAUCCAAUGGUUACUGGAAUGGGAUGUUAGAUGGAGGGUCAUGGUAAGACUGAUCGGAUAUAGUACAAUCAAGCCAUGAUCAAUACUACAUACUAGGCGUACGCCGCGUACCCGAGAAAAAACUAAGUGUGAAGUUAUUGUCUUUUCAAUAAUGCUGAACUGCCAGAAGAAAACUGCCAGAAGGGCUGACCGACCCUCACAAGUCGUGGGUCCCACUUGAAUAUAAAAAUGCCGACCUCCCCAUUUUUGUGUUGUUCGGUCAUCCCUUCUGUUAGGGCUUCUGUGCUGUAGCACGUUCCAUUGUCUUUUUGCUUGCUUUUUUACAUGGGGAGUGACUGAUUUUGUUUGAGGUAUGAUCAGAACUAACAGAUUGCGUGCAUGUGUUUAUUUCUUCUUUCUUCCAAAGCUUUCGGACUAUUUUCCAAAUUUCUUCUUGGUAUUGAUUUCUUUUGUUUGCAAGAAUUUGCUGUUUCAUAUCAAUGUAAAUUGAAGAAUCUUUCUUUAAUUAGGGUUUCUUCAUAGCUGUGAUUAUAAUGCACUACUUAAUAGUAAUUGAUCUUUGUCUAAAGAUUAGCAGUCAUUAUAUAUACAAUGUUCUAA